AAAAAAUAGAGCGGUCCCUGCCACUCGCUGCAUGCAAUCGAUUCCAUGUCGCCAAUUGUUCGCCGCGCGGGCUGACAUUUGAUCCAUUCCAGCAAAGCAGCAAGCACGCUGCAAGAGAGACAGCCCUCCAGUUGGUCGGCUUGUUCUUUGUGCCAGCAAACCUCGCGCGCCCGCCGCGCCGCGCCUUUCCCUAGCCUUCUCAUUCAUCAUUUUUCUUUGAGGCGAUCCCUUGACCAUCACACAGCCCAGCGCAAUCCGGCGACUGGUUUGCGGUCGCAUUGUCGAGCCUCAACAGCUUCGACUCGAUCUGCCAUCCACGCCUUGGUCCUUCGUAUCCAGAACUUCCCUGUCCUUUGCUCGCUCUCCCCGCGACCCAUCUUUGACGUAUCCGCGCAAACAGCCGCCAUCAUGGCGGACUACGACCCCGAAGCUCAACCUGACCUGGGCUGGAAUGAAGAUGGCGAUGAUGAUGGGCCGGACGAGCCUCAGUCGGCCACGCAGGAUAGCGACAGCAAUGAUUCAAAUCAACAGCUUCAAGCUGCCUCUGUUGCCAACGGUGAUUCCGAAGAUGCGGCCGAUUAUGAUCCCGAAUCUGUCUCCCUCGUUGGCGCCGUCACUGGCCUUGAUUCUAAGCCGUUGAAACCCUCCCCUCAGCCUGCUGGAAAGAAGCGAAAGACUGCCGGCGGCUUCCUAGUGGGAGACUCCGAUGACUCUGAAAACGAGGACGCGUCUGCUCCCAGUGUCCAGCCGCCUGCUACAAAGCCGCUCCCCCAGUCACCUGUCCAAAUUCACAACGGCGCCGCCCAAAAGGCACCUUCGCCCGUCCUUGCUCAACCCGCGGAGGCAGGUGCCGACCUUGAUGGCCCAAAGCCGAGCCAUGCCAGUGUUGUCCCUCCUAUCAUGUCUUAUGACCCCAUCCCGGCCCUUGAACUCCGGGUCAAGGAAGACCCGCGAGGAGCAAUCGAUGCCUGGCUGUCCCUCUUGGCCGCCUACCAUCAACGCAACAACAUCCAGGAGAUUCGCGGUGCCUACGAGCGUUUUCUCGCUGUAUUCCCUCAUGCGGCCGACAUGUGGGUUAAAUAUCUAGAAAUGGAACUGAACGAGGGCAACUUUGUCGAAGCCGAGGCCCUGUUUGGGAAAUCCCUAAUGUCGGUUCCCAACGUGCAGCUCUGGACUGUCUACCUCGACUACAUCCGUCGGCGAAACGACCUGAACGACCCUAGCGGCCAGGCGCGCAAGGUGGUUACACAGGCGUACGAGUUCGUCAUCGACAACGUAGGCAUCGACAGGGAUGCGGGGAAAAUCUGGAGUGACUAUAUCCAGUUUAUCCGCCUGGCACCGGGCACCAUUGGCGGUACUGCAUGGCAAGACCAGCAAAAGAUGGAUCAACUGCGCAAGGCGUUCCAGCGCGCUGUCUGCAUGCCGAUUUCUAACGUCAACUCAUUGUGGAGAGAGUAUGACCUGUUCGAGAAGGCCGCGAAUACCACGAACUCGGCGACAUCGAGGAAGUUUGUGAACGAGCGCUCUCCGGCCUAUAUGACCGCCAAGAGUGCCAACAUGGCGCUCGACAACGUUACCAGGAAUCUCGUCCGCUCCAGCUUCCCCCGUCUCCCUCCAGCUCCAGGGUUCGAAGGUGACGUCGAGUUCGCCGAACAACUAGAGAUAUGGCAACGCUGGAUCAAGUGGGAGAAGGAAGACCGCCUGGAUUUGGCAAACGACGAACCCGAGCUUCUCAAAAAACGCAUUCUCUACACCUACCGUCAGGCGAUCAUGGCACUGCGGUUUUGCCCUGAGAUAUGGGUAGAUGCGGCAGAGUGGUGCUUCGAGAACAGCAUUGUUCUGAACGGCAAGGACGCUGGCCUGGCGUUUCUUACCGAAGGGAUUGAAGCUAAUUCGGAAAGCGUGCUCCUGGCUCUGAAACAUGCCGACCGCAUCGAGACGACGUACCCCAUCGAUGAAGGCGACGAGGCCAAGAUCGCUCGGGGCAACGCCGUCAAAGCCCCGUACAUCAAGGUCCUCGACACGCUCUACGCACAAAUCAAGACGGUGAAGGAACGUGAAAAGGCCGAGAUCGCCAGGAUCCGGGAGAGUGCGCCACAGGCUGCCCCGGCACAGAAGUCGGAGGAUGACGACGAUGGCGAAGCGUCUGCCGAGAAGCCGCAGCCCGACGAGAAUCAGGAGCUCAUCUCUGGCAUCGAGAAAGGGUUCGCCGCCCAGACGGACUUGCUCGGACGUACCGUCUCCUUCGUAUGGAUCGCCCUUGCCCGCGCCAUGCGCCGCAUCCAGGGCAAGGGGAAUCAAAAGUUGGAGGCCCCGCUGGGCGGUAUGCGACAAGUUUUCACCCUGGCCCGGCUACGCGGCCGUCUGUCGAGCGACGUCUACAUUGCCAUGGCCCAGCUGGAGUGGACGGUCUACAAGGAUAUCUCUUGCACCAAGAUCUACGAGCGUGGUGCCAAGCUCUUUCCGGAGGACGAGCACUUCAUGUUGGAGUAUCUGAGGUACCUUCAUGCAAAGGACGACACGACGAAUGCGCGUGUUGUGUUCGAGACCUGUGUCAACAGGCUCACGCAGAAGCCUGCCUUGGUCCACAAGGCAAAGCCUCUAUACUCGUACUUCCAUCAGUACUCGUCCAGAUUCGGCGAGUUAUCUCAGACAGCCAAGCUGGAGAAGCGAAUGGCUGAGCUGUUCCCCGAGGACCCCCAGCUUGCUCAUUUCACCGCGCGAUUCGGAACCAACGCGCGAAUCGGGACUGAUGAGUUCAAUCCCAUCACCGCCCGCUUCAUCAUUUCACCCGCGGCCCAGCUACGACCCAAGCUUCUGAUGCCCUCGAUCGAGUCCAACCUGCCAGCCCCAGGUAGUCCCGGCGGCCCGCGACCGCUCAACAGCCCACGGCCCCAGUUUAUGCAACCCACAAACUCCCCGAAGCGGCCGUUCCCUAUCGACGACUUUGACGACUCCAACCCGCCUCCAAAGAAGAUACAGCGUGGGGACCGUGACCGGGAUCGGGAACGAGACCAACGUGAUUUCCAGCGGGGCGAGUCGCCGCUCAAGGGAGCCGCUGGGCGACGGCUGGAAAACCAGCGCAGAAUGCAUGGACAUGGUCACGGCCACGGGAACGCGGGCUCCUCAUACAGCGCCCCAGCCCCUUCCAUUCCACGCGAUAUCACUUUUCUGUUGAGCCAGCUGCCCAACGCCGAGUCUUACAAUACAUCCAGGCUGAACUCGGCACUGGUUAUGGAUAUGCUUCGUGACACGCACGUACCCGACUACCCUGCGUGGAAGACCCGCCAGGAGAAAGGGCCCUCACGCCAGAACCAUGGACGCCAAGUAUCCACUGACUUCGCCUCACACGGGCACCACCAUCAGGGCCGCGACUCCCCAAGCCUGAUAGGUCGCACCAAUAGCCCCUUUAGCGACGCGAGGAGACAGCUAGCCUCUGCUUCUGCUACAUACCAACAACGUCCAGCGUCGCGUGAUUCGUACGAACCGCCGCCGGUGCAACCGUAUGCGCCACCGCCUCAGGGCUAUGAAGGCGCGCCCACGGGUGCAUGGCCACCACCUCCCCAACUUCCUUAUGGAGCAACGGCACCUGCACACGGCUACGGGGCUCCGCCACAGCAGUUGUACCAGCAGCCCGCCCCUCAGCAAUCCUCUCAGCCACCCUAUGGAAGUUACCGAUACUAGAUAUGCGGGUAGCAGCAUGCGGGCAUCACAUCCCGAUCACCCUCCCAUACCUUCUCACCCAUCUCUAUCAUAAUCACCGGGCGCCCCAUGCCUUAGAAGAUCACGUUUCGUAUUUCACAAUUUUGUAACACUAUUCGGAGCAUUUACCCAGUUCCCCUCUUCCAUCACCUCUCACGGUGGUCACAAAACGUCGCACGUUUAGUCACCCAAGUCACCCUGGGUGGUUCGGUAGACCAAAGCACCACG